CGGUGAGAGGGGUCUUUUUUGUUUUCCCGUAUCCGCCAUUUCAGUUUUUGAAGUUAGUUGUCAUCGGUCGCUGGAGCAUAGCCUGAAUUCCGCGGUUAAAACGCAUUGUAUGACUUAUAGAGCUGUAUUCUGGUCAUAAACCAAAUAAGAGUCAUUUUUAUAUCGUGGUUGAGUAUCUGUAUAGGCGAAUUGAUGACCAAACGGCUAGCUACGGAUGUCGCCUGUUUACUAAACGUGCUCUAGGCGCUAAAGUUUUUGUAUGAGUUGAAGGCUUUGCUUGUGGAUAACAGGAGGGAGAGCAGGGAAGGCCCGGUGAAGCCUCGGCUUUGGAGUGGUUAUCAUGGCCGGAAAUUUUGACGCGGAGGACCGUGGCAGUUGGUACUGGGGUCGGUUGAGCAGGCAGGAGGCUGUGUCUCUGUUGCAGGGGCAGAGGCACGGCGUGUUUCUGGUCCGGGACUCCAUCACCAGCCCCGGCGAUUACGUGCUCUCGGUAUCAGAGAACUCCAAAGUCUCACAUUACAUAAUUAACAGCAUCAGCAACAACCGACAGUCCGCUCCAGGUUUGGUCCAUCCGAGGUUUCGUAUUGGUGACCAGGAGUUUGACGCACUCCCUGCUUUGCUAGAAUUCUACAAAAUCCACUACUUGGACACCACCACCUUGAUAGAACCUAUCAACAAGUCCAAGCACACCUCCUUCAUCAGCGUUGGCCCCGGUGGAGCCCCUCCGCCACGCCUGGAAGACGAGUAUGUCCGAGCACUUUUCGAUUUCCCUGGAAAUGAUGAGGAGGAUCUCCCGUUUAGGAAGGGUGAUAUUCUCAGAGUUCUUGAGAAGCCGGAGGAGCAGUGGUGGAAUGCACAGAACUCUGAGGGCCGGGCAGGGAUGAUCCCAGUGCCGUACGUUGAGAAGUACCGACCAGCGUCUCCAAGUUCGGUUGCGGGGCCUGGUGUGCCUGGGGGACCGCCGGGAGGGAUGGGGAUGCUAGGGAACUCUGACGGCUCUGCGGCUCAGUCCGGCACUCCACUUCUGGGAGACCCCAGCCAGUAUGCCCAACCCACCCCCCUCCCAAAUCUCCAGAAUGGACCUGUCUAUGCCAGGGCCAUACAGAAGAGGGUACCCAAUGCCUACGACAAGACUGCCUUGGCCUUAGAGGUUGGUGAUAUGGUGAAGGUGACCAAAAUCAACGUGAACGGCCAGUGGGAGGGGGAAUGUAAAGGCAAACGUGGCCACUUUCCCUUCACACACGUCAAACUGCUGGACCAGCACAAUGCCGAGGAUGAACUCAGCUGAGAGCGGACAGCAGGGCCACAACCUGGACACUAGUAUUAGACCCUUCCUCACCCUCCUCCCUCCUGUUCUUCUUCUUCAACACACUCACCUGCUCUCUCCACCCUCACGUCUGCUCCAGCUUUUACCUGCACCAAGUACAUUUUCAGAGAAUCACUGAGAACAAAACAAACAGACCCUUGUUGGACCCUUCUAAUUCACACCCUCCACUUCUAGCCCUCUGAAUAAUCAUGACUGCCGUCCUCCACUAUCUACUCUGACUGACUGACUUCAAAAUGAGUCAUAUACUCUAUAGUAGAAACAGAAGAUAUACUGAGUCUCCUGUUCUGCGGAUAUGGCAACGCCCUUAGAUCCUCCCCUCAUCAUGUCCCUGUCGUGGACACCUUAUCAACACACACUCCUCACCACAGAAUUCAGCCACUUCCUCUUCCUGUGUCAGAGCCAGUAGAUAACUGCUCAGCACUGUCAUUUUUCAUCCUCAUCCGUCACCAUGUUUAUGGCUCUGUAGGAUCACUCAUGCUGCAUUCAUGUUAGAUGGGAAUACAGUUAAAAGAUGAAGAGUAACAACACAGUUUUCAUGUGUUUUGUCUUGUUUGAAGCUGUUAUGGCACUGUUAUUGAUUUCUUUACAAACCGUUUAAAGGAAUAGUUCGACAUUUUGGGAAAUACACCUAUUUAAUUUUCUGCCAAGAGUUAGAAGAGAAGGUCCGUAAUAUUCCUGUCUGCAUGGUAAAUAUGAAGCUGCUGCUAGCAGCAGAUUAACUUAUUUUAGCAUAAAGACUGGAAGCAAGACUGGCACUAUGCAAAGGUAACAAACCCACCUAUCACCACCUCUGAGGUAGACCUGAAUCCAUAAAAAAAGGUGUAUUAAAGUAAAGGUUUACAGGUGUUACAAAUGUCUAUUUUUAGCUGGGUCAAGUUGCCAGGCAACCAACAGAUACUCUGGGAAGACUCUCCAUCCAACCAAGAAAUAGUCCAGCACACAAUGACCUGUAAAACAUUGAAUUGUUGUUGACACUUGCUGAAACUAGGUAGAUUUUGUUACCUUUGGAUAGAACCAGGCUAGUCAUGUCCCCCAAUUCCUCUCUUAAUACUAAGCUAGGCUUACCGCCUGCUGUUAUUUAUCAUACAGACAAGAGAAUAUAAAUGUAUAAAUGAAAUUAAUAAUUUCACAAUUUGCUUUGUUUCACACUUAAAGUACAUGGUUGUUAUGAUUGAGGAAUUUGAAAUGUAGGGCCCCGACUUAUGUUAAAGGGAUGUGUUGGUACUUACAACACCUGAAAUUUAUAUCGCAAAAACUGGAGAGAACAAUAUUCUCUGAUGUGUUACCAUCCUAGGUAAGGUUGAGGGGUAUUUUCAUGAUAAAAGUAUCCAUCUACUUUUGUUCUUAAAAGACAUGAAUGCAGCAUUAUUUGGAGUUAAGCCAAGAUUGUGAGGGACAAGAGCAGUGAGAUUCAAAUGUGUGUACAUGUGCAGCAUUUUAUCACCAGAAAGAUUAACAGAGGAAUAUCGUGUCUGAGAAAGAACUAAAAAAGCUAGGUCAACUGGAGGUGUACAGUUCUCAAGGAGCAGGUCAAGGACCAGUCCAGCACCCACACCCCUGUACCAAAUAUCAAACGGAGAAAACAAAACUGAGUUGAGACCAGCAGCUAGUAGCAACUUCAUAUAGUCAUAGUUAUAGAGCAGGCCCCAGCAGUGAACCUGAGAAACUUAUGUUGUUGAGGUGGAGAUAAUGGCAACACUACAUUCAACCUCUCCACUCCUCCCACCUUGGCUCACCUUAGCCCCCAUUCACCCAUCGCCUACAACCAAGUACCACCAAGUAGUCUUUUGUAAGAAAAAAAGAACAUAUUGUUAUGAAAUGAUGUACUAUGUGAUUAUCAUUACAUGUUAAAAUACUGUUUUUUGUUAUCUUCAUAGUUUUUUCGUAGGUUUGUCUGGGGGGAAACGGAUUUGAUGUAUACUUUUUACUGCUGCAUGUUGGGAGGGAGUGAUGGGUUUGCUGGUGCAAAAUGGAUAAACUGACUUGGAGGGGGACACAUCUCUUUGCCCCCAGCCGUCACAAUACCAUGUGUUCUAAUUCUGUGUCUGAUGUACAUGAAUGAAGUUGAACAGAGUGAAUGUAGGCUCUCCACCAUAUUAGUUAGUAUUGUCUUCUCAUAUUAGUGCUCUCCAUUCAGCUAAAUGAAUAUACCUUAGCAAAACAGACUGCUCUGUGUUCAGAUCUUGUCAAAUGUGUCCAAGAAAAGAGAAAGUGGUGUUAUUUGGUACCUGCCCUUUAUUUUUAACCUAUUAAUAAUCUUGCUGCCACCUUGCACUAUUUUGUUCUUUUAAUCCUCUGGUUUAUACGCCUGUGUUUCCUUUGUGCUUCCUUACUUAAUCACCCCUUCUUUUAUUUAAAGUCUUGUCCAUUUAUGAUGCACAUGCCAACUUUGACUUUUUCUUUCACUGUUUUAUCUAUACCCUCUGCCAUUUCUAUAUUGUCAACAGAAUAGGCAAAUUAUGAUGUAGUACAGACUGCCUUUUUCUCAAAGGGGUUGUUUUCUGUUGAGAUUGAAUCAAUCUACCUGUUGACACCUGACAAUCAUCACCCACAUUUAUCAUAAAGCAGACUGGUUUGGAUUGAAGCAGGCUGGAUAUAUAACUCAGACCUUUGCCAGAGUGAACCUUGUCCAUUCUGAAUUUGAUCUGUGAGAACUUGCUGUCUCUUCCGAGUGAAGUGUUCCUCUCAGAUGUCCUGAUAUAGUAUUUCUGGCCAGCACACCAUUCCACCUUUAGGUGGCAGUGUAGCGACAUUCAGAAAAAUGGGAUCCUUCCAGAAAGCAUAUUCUGCCAGUGCUUAUGACAUUAAAGGAGAUGAAAUUUGAUUUUUAACAGAAUGCACUUACCUGCUUUUACACAGAGUUUGCAUUGAUUGAUGCUCUCCUUUUUAUGGUUUUCAAUUAUCCUCGAUUGCUCCCACAUUAGUUUCCCUGUCCUACUGGCUUUGCCUUACAAGCUCUGUCCUGCUUAAACACCAGUUGGCCAUAUUCCAAACCCAUGUUAAAAGAUUAACUGUUAAAAAAUAUUUGGCUGACUGCUUGGAAAAAUCUGGUCUAGGAAAGUAACAUUUGUGUUUACUGUCAGUUUUUGACAGUCCAUUUUUAUCUGUGUAGUUGCGAUCAAAUCAAGCUUCUUUGUCUCUCACCCUGCACAUGGCAAGUGCUUAGCUACAUAAAUCAUUAUUUUAUAAAUUGUGUUGCCAAUGAAACCACCAAGAAGUAUUUUUUUAGUAGCACUGCAUGAAGUCAUUCAUUUCCUUUCAUAAAAAGGAAAGGGUGUCAAAAUGCCAGUGGAAAUUGUGUUAAUAUCAAAAUGUGCCAUUUUAUUAUAACACUAUAUUCUUUCAAGACAAUUGAAAUUACCUUUUUAUUUUCUGUAGCAUGUAAUGUGUUAAUAUACUAGUAAAUAAAGUCAAACCCAUGACAAAUGA